AUGGAAAUAUCGCUGGCUCACCCUGCCCUCAAAGCCUUCAUGUGUGGGGCUUUGAGUGGAACGUGCUCCACACUGCUUUUCCAACCACUCGACCUGAUCAAGACACGUUUGCAGACAUUACAAAGUAGCGUUCAGCCUGGUUCUGUCCGCAUAGGGAUGAUGAGAGUGCUCCUGAAUGUGGUGCAGACAGAGAGGCUGACUGGACUGUGGAAAGGAGCUUCACCGUCGUUUAUGAGGACCAUCCCUGGUGUGGGGCUCUACUUCAGCACUUAUCAUUCAUUAAAGCAGCAGUUCUUCCAAGAAAAAAACCCAGGAGCUUUGGGGGCUGUGCUGCUGGGAGGCGGGGCCAGGACGGUUGCUGGGGUCCUUAUGCUGCCUGUAACGGUCAUCAAGACUCGAUAUGAAUGUGGCAGGUACCGCUACGAAAGUGUCACCGGGGCUCUUCGCAGUGUGUGUCGGACUGAAGGUCCCGCAGCGUUAUACUCUGGCAUGAUGGCCACUUUGCUCCGAGACGUUCCUUUCUCUGGAAUCUAUGUUAUGUUCUACAGCCAGAUGAAGACCAAUUUGCCAACAGAGAUCCACAUGUCUGCCUUCGCCCCACUGGCUAACUUCAGCUGCGGGGUCAUGGCAGGGGUGUCUGCCUCGCUCGUCACUCAGCCUGCUGAUGUGGUCAAAACACUCGUCCAAGUGAACCCCCAGUUGAGGACGAUCGAUGCAGUCAGAUACAUCUAUUUGGAACAUGGACUUCAGGGUUUCUUCAGAGGGGCGGUUCCACGCUCUCUUCGGAGGACUAUGAUGGCUGCCAUGGCAUGGACCGUCUACGAGCAGAUGAUGGCGUAUAUUGGAUUGAAAUCGUGA